AUGAGGAUUCGUUGCCGGGCAGAGUGUGAGGAAAACAGGCAACAAGAACCGGAUGGAGGAGAUAGAAAGUCGCCCCUCGGAGCAUUUCAUGCGAGGGCGAUCAGGGACCAUCGCGGGCCCCUCUUUUUGGGCAUGGUUGGAGGCAGCCGAGCGCCGGGACGGUGGGGUCUGGCACCACAGUUGUUGGCCCACGAGGAGGGUCUUGUUCGUGGGGCCGUUCUUUUGUUCUCCGUCGUUGGCUCAUGA